GCAUUAUAGAGCACAGUAAAGAUAGGUAACUGGUGAGAGAGCACUGGAAGUGUGGAAGAGGAUGCCGAAAUUGCUGCCGCAAUUCCAUUUGUCUAGGUAGAUACAUAUAUACGUAUUGGACUGUUUAGCCAGAGAAACAGCUUUUACUUUCUGCUUUUAUACUUACCCCUCGCCUCAUACGGUGUGUGUGCAGCUCGCCGCCAGAGACCGUCACAGGGCGGACACUAACUAUCCCUGCCCUAUCCACCGGUCGGGGUGGACAGUGAUUUGUCGGCUUGAAGGUGAGUAUUCGAUCGGGACUCCACGAUUCUAUUGUACCCAUGCAGAGGGCGGGGUGAGUAGGUUAAUAGAACUCUGCAGGAUUUCAAUAGAAGCCUCAAUAGAGCAGAAUAGUGGACCACCCGUGCCGAAAGCCAUGGGGAAUGCAGACCUGCCAGUGCCCUUGAUUGGCAAGAUGCCUUGGUUGCGCGCGCGGCCAGGGAUAUCACGGAUGCUACGGAGCAGAUCUCGUCCAGCUCCGGAAACCUAGGAAGGGAUCGUAAUAUUCCCCGGCCUGAGAAGCUAUGGCUUGUUUAGCUCCGAAGUAAAUGAAUUAUGGGCCACUCUGAUAGAUCGAAACCGAUAUCUGUUGACUUCAAUCGAUAGCCUCCGAGUGGACGAUGAGCGGUGAAAAUUCCAAGAACGGGGCCUCUAGAUUGUGACUGGGGGAGAGAUAUGGGAGGUAUCAUUUCGUUAGUAUUCUAUGCAUCCUAUGCAUCCAGUUCUCCUCUCGCGUGGCCAGUAAGGGACGGACUUGAGCUGAGCCACUUCGUGAGCAAGCUUCCAGAGGUUCAAUGCGGUGCGAGACGAGGGCUCGAUGGAUGGAUCCAAAGGUUGUCUAGGGGCUCGAGCUCCCGUUUCGAUGUCGAUCAUGCAAUAAAACAUCUGCAAGCCACUCCGUAGGAGGCAAAACUAGGGUUUUAGUGCUGACAGCUGGCGGCGCAUCUGCGCUUCCGAUUGGAGUUGCGACGACGGACCGCGACGGCUCCACCAGACGGUUGAUAGCCCACAUUUAUGGCUUAUGCGUGUCCCCUCUUGCGGUUCUCGUCGGGGCAUCUGCCGUUUGUCAUCUCGUCGCUCCCUGACAUGGCACAGGCAGAGAGUGGAAAGGUCCCAGGGGAAAUGAAACUCUGAAACACGUCCUAGGCCUCCAAUCGGGGGGCAACAGCGGGCACAAACACCAGUACUAGUGAACCUUCCCCCCGUCUAAUAUCAUAUGAAGAGUCCAAGUGGUCUUUCUCUUGCCGAUCCCCUUAGUCCUGCGGAGUAAAUAAUCCCUCCUGAACAACCUGAAGAGUCCGAAAAAGAAAACAGAAAGAAAAGGCCAGCCCCUUCUAGAUGGUGUGAUCUCAACUCAACCACCGUCCAAAAUGGCUGCCGCAGGAAUCUUUGACGACUUAGCCAAGUUCUACAUUUCCGUGGACAUCAUUUGGACCGCAGCCCUCCUCGUUGGCUCCAUACUCCUGGUCCUUAAUCGUCAUGAACAAUGUAUCCGCAUUCGCAACCUGCCUCUCGCCCUCGGGGCCGUCGCAUGCCUCCAUAUCUACUGGAUUCUCUGCAUGGCUGCAUAUGCCAUGGGGACUGCGUACCCCUGUGGCGUGGAAUACUGGGUCAUGAGCGUUUAUCUGCCCCUGGGGAUUGCGCUUUUCCAGGUUAACAGCAUGCAGUUGCUGAGCGUCUCCGGCAUCCAGGAGAAGAUGCUCCUUACCGCGUAUCAACCGUAUACACCCCCCGUCAGUACCCGUCUGAAGUCCCGCCAGUACCUGCUGCGAUUGAAGCACUUGAACCUGCUCCAACGAACGGAAGUAGGCAUUGCUAUCGGAUUGGCGGCUCAGUUGACCGUCUCGCUCACCGUAUACCUCACCUCCCGGAAGUUCAAUUCGUUCGGCACCUUCUCCGGGCCCGUGAGCCCCGAGGAAUGUCGGCGUGGUCCUGAGUGGAUUCCUUCUAUCCUCUGGCAACUAUUCUGGUCCUGGGUGUUUGGGCCAUGGAUUCUGUGGAAGAUCCGAAACAUCCAUGAUAUCCAUCACUGGCGGCUGCAGACUACCUGCUGCGUCAUCGCCGCAUUACCGGGCUCGCCUUUGUGGUUCGCCGCGCUGCAUUCGACCUCCUCCGCGUGGGCCUCGAUCAAUCGAUACUGGGUGCCGCCUCUCUGGUUUACGCCCGGAAUUAUCGCCAUGGAGGCCGUGACGAUCUUCUUACCGCUGUACGAGCUGGCCGGCGUCCGCAAACAGCGAGACCGCAUGUUCGGCGAGAUGCACGCGUGGAACGAAAAGAAGGCCGAGGCGGAGUCCGACUCGCACACCUCGGGGUCGCAUAGUCAGUUCAGCCGGUUACACGAGCUGUAUUCCAUCAAGGCGCUGGAGAGGUGCUUGGAGGAAGACUCGAGCACGCUGCUGCAUUUUGCGGCGGCCAAGGAAUUCAGCGGCGAGAAUAUCAUCUUCCUGACGUACGUGCGAGACUGGAAGGCGGCCUGGGAGCGCAUCAACACGUCCAUGCCCGACUACGACUGGCACCGCGACCCGCAGAACCACCGGGGGCGUUUCUUCCGCAUCGCCGUCGAGAUCUACGCCGCGUGUGUCGAUCUGAAAACGGCCGACUUCCCCAUCAACAUCGAAUCCCGCAUCUACACCGACCUGGUAAGCCUGUUCGGGGAGGCGCUAGAGGGCUCCGGCCAGCGCAUGUCCCGCGGGGCCGCCCCGGGUAUGGACGAGGAUACGCGGGUGCUGUGUCUGGAUGAAUAUCUGGAUAGGACGCAGACGAUCAUGCAUAUCGAGCCCCGGCUCCCGGAUUCGGUGGUGGUUCCUCACGCGUUUAGCGCGGCGGCGUUUGACGAGGCUCAGAAGUCGAUUCUCAGCCUCGUAUUUACGAACACCUGGCCGAAAUUCCUGGAUUCGUCGAAUGAUGGCUUGUCCAUCACCUCCAAGUAAACCACGGAGGGAGCAGAGGGGCGGACACAAUGGGGGUUUUGGGGGGUGUGGGCCGGUGUUGUUUUCACGGCAGGCAAUUGUAAGGGUUAUUCUUGUUGUAUAUCAAAUCUUGACGAACCAUUUACUUUCGCGGAGGGAGGGAUACAAAAAAGAAACAAUGAAACAAA